CUUGUCGUAAAGACACAGGUUCAGGCGAGUUCUUUUCCCGUUGUUCUGUGGCUGUCCAGCGGUUUCGACAAUUUGACUAUCGUGGCUCCCCCUAGGUCUUCAGUCCUCAGGCCUCACUCGAGUAUCACCGGUCAUUUCUUUUGUUCCUUCCCUCUACGACUCAGCUCUCAGACGAGACGCGCAUCGACCUAGCACGAUGUCCUGGCGAAGAGAGUCUUGAACGCGAUUACAAUCAUGCAGCAGAACCAUCACCCAUAUGGGCAACACCCCAUGCCCAUGCAACCUCCACCGAGGCGGCAUGAUGGCUCAUACACGACCAUACCACCGCCGAUGCGGCCUCAUUCAGGCUAUCAACAGCCUUACUAUCCACAACAAAUAGGGCCAAUGAUGCCCCAAUAUGCGCAACCAUAUGCGCCAAACUGGUAUGGCUAUCAACAACACCAUGUACAUCCUAUGCAUGGUAGUCGUCCGCCGUACUAUCCUCAACAUCCAAUGCCGCCACCACAAUAUCCUCCGCAGCUUGGGCCUCUCAUUGUAUCAUCACAACCUCAAACACAAGCAUCCCCCCAUCUCCCUCACAGGCCAGGACCAGUACCUCCACAACAAGCUCCUAGUUCAGCGUCUACUACAUCUACCAGCCUCAUCCAAACGCCACCGUCUCCUCCCUUGAGUACUACCAGUACUAUCAAUACCAAGAAGGAAUCCAUAUCGCCUGCAAUAUCACCAGCACCACCGACUGUGCAAAGCCCUUCGGUUGAGGCUCCUCAAGAGCCCUUCCGGCCUCCGGUUCCCUGGUUAUCGGUCCAGGAUGAAGCAUUUCCUCCUCGUGCCCCUCGUCAUAGACGCCGGAUCCUGAGGUCUCAACUCGGUACUGAACCAAUUGUCUACCCUAAUCUGCAACAAGUAGCCGAGGCACCUACGGAAGACACGGUGGAGAAGCAAGAAGAUGUCUCUGUGGAGCUGCCAACAUAUAGUGAAACGGAACAGAGCACCACGCAGACAUCCACACCAUUGCCAUCAGACGUCCUUUCUGAAGGCCCAUCGACACAGCCAACAACGCCUUCUUCUGCUGUGCCUGCGUCUCUGACUAAAACUCAACAGACGCCGACACAGCCUAAAGCUCGUCCUGCCGGUCCUGUUCUCCCAGCGGUUCCAAUUCUCCCACCUAGCCCAACAGCGAGCCGUAGACCACACAGAGAUUCGACCGUCUCAGAUCAAACAAAGGUCUCCGAAGCAGAACAUUCAGCAGUGGACAAGUCUGAGCCUGAUGAUACCAAUGCCGACACAGCGGAGGCAAAGCAAGCCCCUGAAGAUGACCCCCCUGUCGUCUCCACUCCUGCUGCUCCGAAGUCAUGGGCGAACCUUUUCCGUGGUGACAAUCCACAAAGCAGUUCUACAGCGGCACCAAUCCCGAUGCUCGGAUCGGUCGAUACGACGGCAGGAAAGAACGAGACUCUGUCAGAUGUUCUCAACGAUAUGAGUUUGGUCGCAGAAGCCCCCACCAAGAUCUCCUUCAUAAAACCACGUGGUCUAGUGAACACGGGAAACAUGUGCUACAUGAACUCUGUGUUGCAAGUCCUUGUUUUCUGCCUACCAUUUUACGACUUCCUCGCAAAAGUAGCUCAACGAGCUCGAUAUGCAUUCAAAAGCGAUACUCCUUUAAUUGAUGCCAUCAUUAUGUUUGUUCAAGAAUAUCCUGUAAUCUGUUCGGCCAAGAACAUCGACCAGCUUCGCCUGCAAUUGAAACCAGAAGACUACGAAAAUUAUGGCGAUUCCUUCAUCCCAGAAUAUGUCUAUUCAGCUAUCAAAGAUCUGCCGCGGUUUCGGGAGAUGCGUCGAGGUCACCAACAGGAUGCGCAAGAAUUCCUUGGAUUUUUGCUGGAGGAGCUACAUGAAGAAUGUGCUCGGGCAAUGAGAACUAGUGCCUCCAACUCAGGUCGAACUACCCCAGUUGGCAGUGUUUCAAACCUUUCCGAGCAAGCUGACGCUGAGAGCGGAUGGAUGGAAGUCGGUCACAAGCAAAAGCCAUCAGUUACUCGGUCCUCUGGAGCGAUUGCAAGUGACUCGCCUAUAACCAACAUCUUUGGCGGCAAACUGCGUUCCGAGCUCAAGGUGUCUGGCAACAAAUUAUCUGUUACUUUGGAGCCAUACUCACCAUUACAGCUUGACAUUGGAUCUCCCCAAGUUCACAAUAUUGUUGAUGCUUUGAAGGGCCUUACUCGGCCCGAAAGCAUGCAGGGUGACUUCUACACGCCACGAGGACAGAAAGCCACCGCCACGAAGCAGGUCUUUAUUGACAGCCUCCCUCCGCUUCUGAUCUUGCACCUCAAGCGCUUCCAUUACGAUAGCACCACGAAGCGUGCCGAAAAGAUCUGGAAGAAGGUCGGGUACCCAUUGGAGCUCGAAAUCCCAAAGGAGGCUUUCCCGUUGCAAGCCCGCAACAAAUACAUCGCGCACGGUGGAUUGCCCAAGUAUCAAUUGACCGGCGUCAUCUACCAUCAUGGAAAAAAUGCAAACGGGGGACAUUAUACUGUGGACAUCCGCCGUCAAGACGGUCGUGAGUGGAUUCGCAUGGAUGAUACGCUGCUCAGACGCAUUCGCAGCGAAGACGUUGCUGAGGGCGGCAGCGAGGAAGAUCCCAAAGUCCUCGCAGCAGCUCUCGAGCGACACAACGCCAGCGGCAAUCGAUUCGAGCAAAUCGAACAGGAUGAGGAAGAGGAGGACGACUCGGACAAGGUGUGGAAUCAAGUCAACGGCCAUUCGAGGUCAAAGUCGACAUUGAGCACAGUUAUCAACGGGGCAGCCACUCCAGCAAAGGAUUCUUCGGGCAAACAGACACCAAACCCGAAAUACGCGGUAAAGGACAACAAGGUGGCCUAUCUGCUGUUCUACCAGCGGGUCUCGACGUAAGGCGUGUGAGGAACACGGCACCGAGCUCAUUUCUCUUUACCACGGCAUGACCCGUUUCAACGGGGAAACGGCUUUACCCUACCUUUCCGAUGAACCAGAGGUCACGAGGACAUCAGAUUAAUAUGUGACCUUUAUGACUAUUCUAGAAGCGUUGACUGCUUCUUUGUACAUAAAAGAG